AAACACACCGUAAUGCAAACGCUGCACCUGCACUCAUUCUAGUGUCGCUUCUUCUACUGUACACGCCAACCCAUUUGUAAGCAUGGCAUAACUAAUUCCAGAUAGGCACUCGGCAUAUAUGCUCCGUCCCAGAGCCUGUUUUCUCGUCGUGAUCCGGUUUUGAACGCAAGGGAGAUCAGGAUUAUAAAGGAAUGCACAUGCUGUUCUCCUUCUCCAUCUUGAACUAGUACUUUGCAUAUCGUCCGGGAUUGACGUGAGGGAUCAAGGAGAUAUCGAUGUGCUGGAGGCGAAGUCUGGAGGAGGAAAUCUAGUGUGUUUCAAUGCAUACAUUUCGUUCUGUCGUCAAAAUCUAGAGCUGCUGAUUCACAUGGAGCUCCUGCCUGGUCUAGCUUGUAGAGCUAGUUAGCUCAAGAAGCAGGCGACAGACGAAUUCAUCAUGCCAACAGAGACGAUCACACUCGGAGCAGAUACCAUAGAUGGCGCAGCAGAGCAGAUCAUUCGUCUUUUGGAGAGCGCGGAGAAUCGAAGAGAUGUAAUAUACUUCCAUGGCUGGUGGGUUGGGUCUGGAGCGUCUGCCAUACUCAAAGCUGUCGUCAGAAAGCUAAGAUCAUCAACUGGGACAGCAAGGGACAUGGGAAAGAUCAUCCAUGUCGAUUGCUCACAGUGGCAGAGCAAGAGAGCCCUACAGAAGGCGAUUGCAGAGGAGCUUGAGCUGCCACCGCAGGUAAUGGCACUCUUUGACCAGCAUGAUGAGGAAGAUGAUUUUGACGGGGUGGAGCAGAGUGCUAGAGAGGUGAUUCCUUAUGUCAAGGUAGCUAUCAUGAAUGAACUUAUAGCCCGCAGAUUUCUUGUGGUUUUGCACAAUGGGAGUGGCAGCUACAUCGAUCUGUGGGAGGUCGGUGUCCCUGUAAUGGGACAAUUGAGCAAGAGGGUAUUGUGGACAUCCCGAGGAAGGUUCUGGCAUCAUGCCCAAGAUGGGCAUGCAGAGGGUUUGCAGUUAGUUAAAUUGGAGUCAGCUACUAAAUGGAGCGAUGCAGCUAUCUUUGUUUUUCCAACACAGCAGUCUGAUGAUGUUACUGAGACGCAAGUCUUUAGGCACGCUCUAUAUGCAGAGGCCGAGGAGGUUGCUAAGUACACAGGUGUACCUGAACCUGACAUGAGCCCCAAGAUUGUCAUUGAAUGCAUUUUGUAUAUGGCAAUGAGUGCCAAUGUCAACAUCAACUGGAAGUCCCAUGCAUCCAACUAUUGGGUAUGUGAUGGGAUCAUACAGGAUGGCAUUAUUGAUGGUGGCGGUCCGGCAUGGGAGAUCAGCGAUGCUUUGCAGAGGAACAUGAGCCUGGAUCUUUGUAGUAGUUGUAUUUGGAAAAUCUGGAAUGUCCUGAGUGCUGAACGACAGAGGUUUACCAACCGUUGGGUUUCAUUUACUAACAGAAGUUUACUAAAGGAAGUCCAACUAACAUCUCAGGCAACAUCCUUCUUCUGGACAGGUGGUGCACGACUAGGACUAGAAGCUUGCUUGCUUGAACAUUCUAAUAGGAGCAGUUUGCGUGUGAUACAUCUCUCCCAUUGUGCCUUCAGUUUUUCAUCUCCUCCCUUCCAAAGUUGCAGCAACCUAAGAUUCCUCCUACUUGACCACUGCAAAGAUAAGGACAAUGCACAGGAUGAUGAUGAAGAAAAUGAUAACUGCCAUCAUCAUAGCCACCACAGCCGAGAAAACAGUGGAGGAGCAUGGUUUCGGAAUUUAUGGGUGCUGGAGCUAAGUCACACAGAUUGGUACUGGCUGCUGUCAAAAGCCAUGCUUGAUCUUAUGUCUGAUCUCAGGGAGCUGAAUGUGAAAGGAGUCGGCAAUCGGAGCAUGAGCCACCUACAUCGUUGCAGUGGUGCCGGAAGCAACAACAGCCGCUGCAAUCUGCUCAAGCUUCGAGUGGUAGCUGAAGCUGAACCAUCUAAGGACGAUGAGCACCAUGGUGCUGGCGGUGAUACAAUCCAACAAGUAUCUCCAUCAUUCCCAGACCUCUCAAGUUGGCACAACCUCAAGACAGUCGCCCUUGAUGGUUGCGGUGAUCUUGAGAUAAUCGGCUCAGAUGCCUUGCCCCUGUCACUAGAGAUAUUCAGCCUCACCGGCAAUGACACCACUAAGAUAAAGAGCAUCUCCUUCCGGGGAUGCGCUCAUCUGAAGAGCUUGUUGUUGAGAGGAUUGUUUUGCAGCCUCGAGGAGCUAGACAUGUCUGGUACAGCAAUUAAAAUGCUUGACCUUAGUGCAGCACAAGUCGAGGGCCUCAAGCGACUCUUUUUGUUGGGAUGUGAGAAGCUCCAUGCAAUACUAUGGUCACGGAAGAAGGAAGACAGGAAAUUUCUGGAAGUGCUACGCAUUGACACCAGCAGCAGCACCCUUGCAGCAUGGGAUAGGAAAGAUAAAUCACACAAGCAAGAGGAGGCUACUAGUAGUAGUAGUGAUAGCACAAGUACUACUGUAGUAGGGUCACCAGCAGCAGGAGGCAGAGCAGCACUAUGGGUAUGUGGCAACAACGACCGAGCGCUCACAAGAUUGGAUUGGUAUAUAUCCCUAAGGGACCCAAGGAUUUUUGCUUCACUUUUGAACCUCAGAUAUGACAAGUUAUCGCUUGUCGAGAUUUCAUCUGCUACUGAUCACAAAGGUACCACCAAACAAGGAGGCAACAGUGGUAGUGACAGACAGCAAGUGCGAGCUGCUGGUUCUAACUUGUACUAUGAUGACGAUGACAUCAUUUCCAUGAUCUUUGGUAGCAACUCAUCUCAAUCUGGUGGUGGUGCCAGCAUCAGCAAUGGAGAGAUGAGGAACAUGUGGAUAUGGCCUUGCCCACCUAUUCCUGAGACGCCUGAUGAUUGGCCCCGCUGCUACAUUAGCAUACAAGACGAGAAACAUGCUGUGCAGGGUACUACUACAAGACAGUUACCAACAAGCGCUAUAACUCUACCAAAUUUUGUGAAUGAGGAUGCUCGGACCCUACACUUGCACGAUAGCUUGUCUAUCACUAGUCUCCCUGGCCCUGCACCUGCUAUAAUGCACGAGUUUUGAACUGGUAUUAACUGCAAUGGUGCCGACUCGAGAGAUGCCCCAACUUAGAAGGUGUUGUUUUCACUCCACCUUAUAUUGGCCAAACGGACGAUGGAAUAUUAAGAGAUGCAAUAGAUGUGUUUCGAAACCUGCUGACAUUCUGGGCAUCCCAACUCAUGAAGGCCCGCUACAUCUGGGACUGGAGCAAAUCUGUAUUUUUUCUUGUGGGAAGCAAUUCCUUUGAGCGCCUUACGUUCUUACACUUGGAUUACUGCCCAAGGCUGGUUCAUGUACUCCCUUUGUACCGAUCAAAAUCUUGCCAAAGAUUGGAAACCCUUGAGAUCGUCUGUUGCGGUAACCUCAUGGAGAUCUUCCCAUCGGAUGAGCAUUCAUCAGGGUCGCAGUCGCAGCAAGAACAACCCAGAGAAUUCCCAAGCCUGAAGCACAUCCACCUUUAUGAGCUGCCCAAGCUGCAGCGCAUUUGUGGGCGCAGGAUGUUGACGCCCAAUCUCGAGAUUGUGAAGAUCAGGGGAUGUUGGAGCCUCAAGCGCCUACCUUCUGUUCGUCAGCCUGCUCUACCACUUGCUGUUCGUCAUCAGCAGCCUGCUAUGGAUUAUGAGCGUGAAUUGCUGCAUCCACGGAUGCGCACUACUCUCGUCAAUCACCCAACAGUGGACUGCGAGAAGGACUGGUGGGAGAGCCUUGAGUGGGACGGGGAAGCGGCCGGCCACCACCCAUCCCACUACAAGCUCACACAUUCAGCGUACUGGAACAAGACCCAGCUCAGAACCUCCGUACUCAGGUAGAGGUAGCUGUCCUUUCCAUGGAAUGCUAAUUCGCCACAGCCCACAGAACAAGAUCGUGAAGCUUGCAUUGCAUUGGAUUGCUCUGCUUCCUUUGAGUCUUGAGCUCUGUAAGUUUAUAUUACUUUAUUUGCUUGUGUGUUUGUGUGUGUGUGUGUGGAGGAGGCAGUGCGGCACUGGUGAGAUGAUGAAUAUAUAUAAAUACAAAUAAAUAAACAAGGAGAGGAGACCGUUAGUCAGUCGUCAGCAUCAGAAGCUAGAGCGGAUGGAUCAUCAAGCAGUGGAUCUGUGGAUGUAAGAUAUACAGCUUUGCUCAAGAAUCAUCCUCUUGCAUGCACGCAGAGUCUCGUUGAUGCUGGCCUGGUGCUGUGCUCCGGUAUGUGUGGUGUGCUCUUGUGUGUGUGUCUGUACAUGUGAGAUUUAAUUUGCCAGCUACCAAUUUGAUUCACUGCUACACCUAUAUAUAUAUAUGAAAACAAUG